AUGCAUGCCGAGGCUAUCGAGAUGCUGAACUCGCACGAAGCUAUUCCAGUCGACCCAUCGAACAUCAGUGCUAUAGAGACGCAUUCCCACCAAAAGCGUAUAGUACAUGCCUUGGGGCUUCUGGGAGUGCAAAUUCUCUCCCGGCUCGGCGCUGAAGCCCUUCAGAGUGUGAUCGGUGAGCUAAUAGAGUUCUUUACCACGGACGACAUCAUUUGGACCAGCAGAGACAACUGUCGCGCAUAUUUCAGCACUCAGGGCGGCGGAAAUGAAGAAUUCAGGACUUACGCGAAGGACCAUCGCCAGGCCACAGCCGUGGAUAAGAAAAAUGUUGGAUGGAUCAACCCCGAGAGCACCGCUCCACCGGUCCAUUUUUUCGAGGGUGACCCUGCGAUUGGUCUUUACAGCGUUCAGUUUACUGCCACAGACAAGGUGGCCUGGAGUGGUAUCCCAAACACGGAGAAGUGUAAAAUUGAAGGCCUAUGUAAUCCUCAGUACAUCUUCUACCACAAGGGUUAUAGGAUUGUUCUCAAUACAUGGGAAUCCCAGGGCCGCGUAUCCGCCUGUCAGUAUUCUAAAGGAGAGGACUGCAAGGGUCUCUGCGCUUCUGGUGUGAAAGACCAGUUCACAUCAGGCGGUGUCAAAUGGGGCGGAGAUUGCGCCAUCCCCUGCAUUGAUGACGUCCCCGAAGGCUUCAAAAAGGUCCAAAACGAGGAGGCAAGGUUCAUGGUCGUCGGAGAUUCGAUAUCGCACGGGAUGGAAGACGACUGGACUUGGAGGUACAGACUCAGCCAGUGGAUGGAACAUAAUGGGUACACGCACCAUUUUGUCGGGCCAUGGACAGGGACGCGUGGAAUGGAUCCAAUCAGUAUCUCUCAACCCCGAGCGCCCUUGCUACCUGACGAGGAGCCCCGGGAAGACUAUACUGGCAAGAGCCUUGGGGACUAUGCAAAAGGGGUCUCACAAAGUUUCCGUGAUAAAGGGCAUGCUUCAUUCUGGGGUCGACAAGUCGCACAGUCCAAAGAACAAUUUAAAGCGUGGGUCUCCGAGUAUAAUCCCGACUAUCUUCUUAUUCUGCUGGGAUUCAAUGACCUUGGCUGGUGGGUGAACGGGCCUGAGGCACUGGUUGGAGACAUGGCAAACCUGAUUAAUGAUGCACGAAAGGCAAAGUCGGACAUCAAGCUUCUCGUGGGGAAUGUCGUUGAUCGCACCUUUAUCCCAGGGCGCCAGGACUUGGUCGACGAGACCGCCCAAUACAACAAACUCCUAAAAGAGAGCAUGAAAGACUGGUAUCGCGAGGGAUCGCCUAUCUCAUACGUCGACGUCAACUCAAAUUACAACUGCCGUCCCGGCGGCUGUCCGGACGGACAUGACGGACUGCACCCCAAUGCUCUUGGAGAAUACCAUAUCGCGCAGUCUUUCGCUCGAGUUUUACAGAGUGAUUUCGGGUAUAUGGGUAUCGAGUUCCGCGUUCCCGAGACGGUGGAUUCACGGCCAGUGAGUACGCCAGCGAAUGUGCGGUCGAAUUCCUACCCUGAAGGCCUAUGGGCUGUUUGGGACCGUGUUGAAAAUGCUCGCGGAUACGAAGUCCGCUGGAGACUAAAGGGAGCGACGAGUUGGUGGUCUGAAGGCGCCGUAUACCCAGUUACGAACUGCGCCUGGCAGCCGUGGGUGAUCAAUGGCCAAACAUGGGAGUUCCAAGUUCGCACCAUGGGAGACAACACCGUUAGAUCGGGGUGGUCGGCCCUGCAAUCUGUCACGGCCAAUGUCAAAACCGCACCGGGACCAUCUAAUAUUAUUGUUGAGCCUCGCGGAAAUGAUCUCGUUGUGCGGUGGGACGCUGUCACAGACUACAACGUAGACCGAUAUGGGGUCAUGCUAUACGAUAGGGACAAGGAAGAUGAAUUGAUGGACGUUAAGGCCGCAAAGGGUACCAGCUUGGAAAUCACGGGUCUAAACUCUGGCCACCGCUACGGAGUAUGGGUUGCUAGCUAUGUCGGAAUGGUUGGGAGCUUAUCACGGAAUGGCAUACAAGCUGGCGGUUUGCCUUCAGUGGCAAGAGAAGUCAUUAUCGGACGCGGGACGCCAGCACCACCCGCCGGACUCCGCGUGGAGAAUCUCGAUGCAACCACUGUUCGUCUUCAAUGGGACAAGGUCUCCAGUGCUACGGGCUACAGUGUCCAUGUUCGGAGUAUAAUAGACAACACCGCGUUCCGGGUAGACGGCACCACGACACAAACGUCAUACGAGGUCGCUUGGCUAUUCCCGGGCAAUUGGAACUUCGAAUUCUGCAUUUCGGCUUACAACGGAAACUUGGAAAGUGCACCGGUCUCCUGUAUCAUUCCACCUGUCUGUUGCGGUUAUGAGAAAAGGGACCUGGUUGCUACAGAGUACCCGAAGGCCGAAAAUAACAGCGCUUUCAGCAACUCCAUCAGCUCGUUCGGCGGCAUGAGCGUGGGGUCUCUGUUUACAACCUUCCAGCAAAGCAUUGGUCUUGCACUGGACACCGCGUCGGAUCAUAGUCUGGCGAUACCUGGCGAGAUUUAG